GCCAAGGUUAUUUCCCAGUGAACUGUUUUGUUUGCGAGAUUUGUAAGUGAACAUAGCUGAUCAUAUCACUUUAGACACACUAUAUUUGUAAACUAUAUAAAAAAAUAACAAACUGUAACACCACUACACUUUUUCCAUUUUUACCACUACAUCAGACACAAAUGUUUUAUCAAUUGGUAAAUGCUAUAGUUCUGAUGGCUAACAGUCAUUAGCCUUUGGCUUUUAAAUGAAAUAAGCAAAUCAGUGACUUCACUCCUGAUUCUCCUGAGUUGGUGCACACUAUUUCUUGAAGAAAUAGUACAACACAACCAUUUAACCAGGGUGUCAAUAUAUGGGAGGCUGGGACGGCCUACAUGUGCGCAUGGUGUGGGCUGUACAUCCUGAGAGGAAGAUCAGUUUUUCAGAAUUUGAGAUUCACAACAACAAACCCAUCAGAUUUAAAGAAAGAAAACCCUUCUUUCUUGUGGACUUGUUGAGCAACAGGCAUUGGCUGUCACCGGGACUCCUGCAUUAAACCUAUGGCGCUGUUAAAACUGUUCCUCAAGGCUCUUCUGCUCCUUCAGUUUGCACUGCAGCUGUUGGAUGGAGCUGAACCUCAGAACCUGAACUGUCCUGCAUAUGGUGGAGUUCCUGGCACUCCUGGACACAACGGUCUGCCUGGGAGAGAUGGGAGAGAUGGUAAAGAUGGAGCAAUCGGACCCAAAGGAGAGAAGGGAGAGCCAGGAGUGAGUGUUUAGGGACCACCAGGUAAAGCGGGACCACCUGGGCCAGCUGGAGAAAAGGGGGAAAGGGGGCCUUCAGGUCCACAAGGCUCUCCUGGACAUGAAAGAAUAUCUGACUCCCUAAAAUCUGAGAUGCAGCAACUCAAUGCCAAGAUUGUCAUGAUUGAGAAGGUUGUGAGUUUUAAUACAUUCAGAAAAGUGGGACAGAAAUACUACAUCACUGAUGGUGUUGAGGCAACUUUUGACACAGGAAUGCAGUACUGUAAGGACGUUGGUGGAACAAUAGUUUUGCCAAGAACUGUUUCUGAAAAUCAGGCAUUACUGAAAGUAUCAGUAUCCAGUGGUUUAGGUAGUAAGAAGCCAUAUAUUAGAACUACAGACAGAGAAAUAGAGGGACGGUUUGAGGACACUGAGGGGAAGCAAUUGACUUUUACCAGCUGGCAUACCGGUCAGCCUGACGACUAUAAGGGACAACAAGACUGUGGAACUAUAACAGACACUGGCCUUUGGGAUGAUGUUGGUUGUAAUGGUCUACAUCCCAUCAUAUGUGAAAUAGAAAUCAAAUAGUGUGUAUACAAUAUUAAGAUGUAUACAUAUCUGCAACAAUAACAUGCUAUUAACAGUACACACAGAAUAAACAGUAUAAAUCACACAGUAAAAUAUAUCCUUCAAAAAAAAAUCUAUUACAGUGCAUAAAUAAUUUGCUAUAAAUGUUUUUUUGAACUAAUUAAUAAAUGCAUUCUUAUGAUUAUUUGUCAUGAAUCAAAAAGUGUGUCUCUUUUAUUUCAUUGCAAGUCUUACAUUGCAGAACUUUAGAUGAAAUGAAAAACUGAAACUAAUGAAAUGAUAGGACAGCGAUUUUAUCAUAUUUGUUUGUUUAUAAUGGUUAUGCCCUGCAAAAGUAUGUCCAAGGUUACAAUAUUUCCAAGUGACCUCUUAAAUUGUUUUGUUAGUGAGAUUUGUAUAUGCA